CCCGUUGUGGACCGUUUUCUCUUCCGGUUGCCUGGGCUCCAGACAAUUCUGCGCCUGACUUGCGCAAUCGAGGGCUCGGUUGACGAGUGCGUCGCCCUGCUCAAUCCCCGGUUGGCUAAAGCCAACUCCAGCCGACAUCGAGCACUAAAGCUCCCCCUCUCUCCCUCGCUCUCUGAUGCCCUGUCAGACGAAGCCGUCGUCGGUCGCGAUGCUGCAGCGACCAAUGGGGAUCCGAGGGUCGAGGGUUCGAGUGGUGGCGGAGAGGUGCUGCUUCUUUCCCCCGGUGGGGUUCGCGAAGCCCUCUUCUCCGACGAGUACUACUCGGUGUUGUGGGGCAAACGUCGUGGCUUCGCGCGCAUCGCCAUCAACGCUAAAAAGCCAAUUUACCCCGUAUUCACGGAAAAUAUUCGAGAGGGCAUUCGUGUGGUCCAGUACGGCAAAAGCUGGUGGCGUCGGAUCUACGAAGUUACUCGACUGCCAAUCGCCAUAUUCUACGGAUACUUCCCGGUAAAACUACGGACCUACAUUGGCGAUCCCGUUUACCCCCGUGAAGGCGAAACAGACGAACAACUAGCCGAUAGGGCCCGUGAAGCAAUCGAAGGCAUGAUUUCGCGGUACCAGUGGCGUCCCGGCAACAUAAUUGUUGCUCUUCUUCAGCGGUUCCCCUGGUUUGAUGCUUGGGUUCAGUCCCGCAAUGCACAAAAUUACCAUUCUAGGCGGCGGAGAGACUCGUAA